UCAUCAGUGUUUCAGGGGUUGAUAUGGGAAUGAAAACUAUCUUUUCGAUAGACCAAAGUUAUUUAUAUUUCAAUUUCAAGUGCAUGACUUUGAUGGGUUUGUGGAAUCCAUAUGAGAUUGGUGUCAAGUACUGGCUCUAUCAAAUUUAUACAAUGUGGAUGAUAGGUGUUAUUCACAUAAUGAGAACAAUGAGUACGUUUUCACGAUCACUUACUGCUGAUACUCCAUUAUUUUUCAUCCAAGAGAGCUCAAUAUUCGCUGCCGAAAUUGCUGAUAUAAUCAAAUGUAUUGCUUUCAUAUAUCAUCGAGUACAGAUAUCGGAGUUGUCUAAUCUAUUCAAUUGGGAGAAGCACAUGUUGAGUGGUGAAGAACUCAAAAACCGACGGAAUCAAGUACUCAGAGACUCUUUAUUUGCAUCUAAAACAUUUACCAUCGUCAUCAUGAUAUCCGGAAUACAAUACUUUGCAUUUUACUUCUACUCUGCUUUGAUGCAAUCUGACCAUCAAGUGGAGAGGCUUCCCAUGGGAUCCAUACCAAUGAAAUACUUGAUCGUAUCCACCAAAUUCUGGCCAGUCUUCAUUGUGGAUUAUUUAUCAGCUACUGCACUUGGAGUAAUUGCUCUUUCUCAAGACGCUUUCUUGAUGGGAGUCAUGAUAAAUAUAGCAGCGCAAUUGAAGAUUCUCAAUCUUCGACUGGAAUACCGUCAGGCUUCGCAUAAGUCUAAUGACAACUAUAGCAGCAAUCAUCCGAAUUUAGGUACUCAUUUUGAUUGUGUUGUACGGAUUCAUGAUAAACCUGCGACUCUCGAACCAAAUGACGAGCUCAUCAUCUGCAUCAAAUUUCAUCAACAAAUUAUGAGGAUGUUGAAGCUAUUCAAAUCAAUUUACAGUAUUGUACUUCUGCCGCAAAUUUUUAUAAGUCUGAGUAUGACUGUACUUCAGCUACAACUGAUUCUGGGAGAACAUCAGAAAAGUACGGAUACCCUCAUUGCAUCUGUAUUUCUUUUUGGAGUUGUGGUACAAUUACUAGCAUUUUGUUGGGGUGGUAAUUUUAUUCUCAUGGAAAGUGAAAAAACGAGUUAUUCGAUUUACGCAUCACAUUGGUACAGCGAAGACAGAGUAUUUAGGAAUAAUUUGAAGAUAUUCCUUGGAGCUGUGCGCAAUCCCCUCACAGUCACUGCAGGUGGUCUCAUUGGUUUGACAGCUGAGACGUUUAAAAAUAUUCUCUCGAAAGGAUAUUCGGUUGCUGCUGUAUUAAAAAAUUUCAAUUGACGGAGUGAGAAGCUUCGAAGAUG